AUGUCUGCUCCUGAACACUUCGACUACAUCUCCAUUGGCAGCGGCGAAGCGGGCAAAUAUAUAGCUUGGAACCUCUCAGCCAACCAGGGCAAGAGAUGCGCUGUCAUCGAGAGGAAGUGGAUUGGCGGCUCCUGUCCCAAUAUUGCUUGUCUGCCCUCCAAGAACUUCUUGCACUCAGCGAACGUAGCUCACGAUCUUCGUUCGGCGCAAUCGUACGGCCUGGGUGCGUAUGUCCAAAGCAAUAAUAGCCUUAAGGUAGACCUUGCAAGUGUCAAGAGAAGGAAAGUGGAAAUGGUUGAUGGACUAGUCGACAUGCAUCUUGGCAAGUUUAGGGAAACUGGCGUUGAACUCAUUAGUGGAGAGGGUCGAUUUGUUGGACCAAAGACCAUCCAAAUUGAUGUUGGGAGACUCUUGACUGCGGACACCAUUGUCAUCAACACUGGCUCUCGCGCGACCAUAGAUUCCAGCAUCAAGGGGCUGGUGGAGGCGAAGCCACUGACACAUAUCGAUAUCUUGGAUUCUGAGCAACUUCCAGCCCACCUGGUCAUCAUUGGAGGAGGGUAUGUCGCUCUAGAGUUUGCGCAAGCAUUUAAACGGUUCGGAUCUGAAGUCACUGUUCUUGAACAUAAUGAACAGAUACUGAAGAAUGAGGAUGAAGACGUCGUCAACGCGCUGUUGGGCGUUCUCAAGGAGGAAGGAAUACGCUUUAUCACAUCGGCACGCGUCACUGAAGUUCAAGGCAUAUCGGGACAGGGAGUGCAGCUCUCGGUCGAAUUACCCCAAGGUGAACUGCAACAUAUCAAAAGCUCCCACCUCAUGGUUGCUGCUGGACGUACACCCAACACUUCAGGCAUUGGUCUGGAGAAGAUAGGCGUGAAAUUGACGGCAAUUGGCCACGUCCAGGUUGAUGAACAAUUGCGCACUACAGCCGAUGGUGUCUUUGCAGUUGGUGAUUGCGCUGGCAGUCCUCACUUUACCCACAUCGGCUUCGAUGACUUUCGUAUAGUGUACUCGUACCUAAUAGGCACACCCAAGACAAAAGGCACUUCAGGUCGACAAGUGCCGUCAACGCUCUUCACGUCGCCGGAGUUGGCCCAUGUCGGUCUUCACGAGCACGAGGCAAAGGCCAAGGGAAUAAAAUACCGGCUGGCGAAAUUGCCAAUGGCGGCGUUUUUGCGAACCAGAACGUUGGGUGACACGCGAGGCUUUGCAAAGGCCCUGAUUGAGGCGGAUGGUAAUGGAAUCCUGGGUUUUACAGCGCUGGGACCAUCUGCCGGGGAAAUGCUGCCGGUGGUACAACUGGCGAUGAAGCUGGGAGUGGGAUACCAAGAGAUUGCCGGGUUGGUGAUCACACAUCCGACCAUGUGCGAGGGUCUCCUGGGGCUGUUCUCGAUGGUGCAGCCACGGAUCCACUGA